UAUUAUGGCACGGCAAGAUUAGAAGAAAUUACUGAUGCGAUUAAAAGCGUCAUGAUCCAGGCUGCAGAGAAACAACAUGAUUAUUUAAAUUUUUCUCUACGUGAGGUAUGUGAGGAUUCUGCUGACCUCACAGAAAUGAUCAGUGGGUUAAAGACCGAAUUUCACAAGACUGCUGAUCGAGCAAAGAAGAUCCAAAUUUUAUCUGUUUUACCAACAAGCUGGAGCAGAGAAAAAAUUUGUCAAAAAUUUGAUUGUUCUGUAAAUAUGGUGAGAGUUACAAAAGCUUUAGUUGAAUCAGAGGGAAUUCUUGCAGUGCCAAAACCUAAGCAAGGUCGGCCUCUGAAUGAAGAAACAGUCAAAUCAAUUUUAGGCUUCUACUAUGCUGAUGAAGUUAGUAGACCUAUGCCUGGUCAGAGAGACUACAAAAGUGGUAAACGAGUUCACAAACAGAAGAGACUUUUACUUUGCACUGUAAAUGAACUGUACUCAAUGUUUUGCAAGAAAUAUCCUGGCAAAGUGUCGUUCUCAAAGUUUGCAAGCUUGAGGCCUCCAGAAUGUGUGAGUGCUGGUGCUAGUGGCACGCACUCUGUUUGUGUCUGUGCCAUCCAUCAAAACACUGAGCUGAUGGCCAAAGGUGGUGGGAUACGCAGAAAAAAGAAGAAAAGUGUGAGUGAACAAGAUGCGGAAGUUAGUGAAUUAGAUGAGAAAGAUGGUGAGGCACAAAUAACCUUUGAAGAUUGUGUGGACAUGCUCAUGUGUACUUCUAAGUCAGAUGAUUGCUAUAUGGAUAAAUGUUUAGACUGUCCAGAUCCAGAAAUAUUACGUGUGUUUCUGGCUGCACACUUUGAAGAACUCUCACUCGACUCAGUAAUGUUUCAACAGUGGAUGAACGUUGAUCGCUGCUCUUUGGAAACAUUAGUGAAAUCUAUUGACAAUUACAUUGAUGAUUUUACGGAUAAGUUAUUGGAGUACAAAAAGCACAAUUUCAUAGCUAAGAAGCAAGCAGCAGCUUUGAAAGAAUGUAAAGCCAAUUUGAAGGUUGGUGAAGUUUUAACCCUGGGAGACUUUUCAGAGAACUAUUCAUUUUUGAUACAGGAUGCAAUCCAGGGAUUCCACUGGAAUAAUGAUCAAGCCACCUUGCAUCCGUUUGUAAAUUAUUUCCGCAGAACAGAAGAAGCAGAAAUUGAAUUUUGCACUCUCAUCGUAAUCUCUGAUGAACUUAAACAUAACACUGCUGCAGUACAUGCCUUUCAAGAGAGGCUGCUCAAGUAUCUAGAAGAGAAGAUAGGGAGAAAAGUUAAGAAGAUAUUCUAUUGGAGUGACGGAGCUGCAGCUCAGUACAAAAACCGCAAGAAUGUUUCAAAUGUUGCCAACCAUCAGGGAGACUUCCUGAUAGUAGCGGAGUGGCACUUCUUCCCAACCUCACAUGGAAAAACUCUCUGUGAUGCGACUGCUGGAGCAGCAAAGCGGUCAGCAGCAGAGGAAAGCAAAAGAAGAGUUGAUGAAGAACCUAUUGCUAACCCAGUUCAAUUGUACAAUUACCUCAAAGGAAGCAGUAAAAGCAUGGACUACACUUUUGUGAGUAAAUUCAAAAUUGAAUGUCACAAUCAGAAAUACCACGAUAGAAUGGAAAAUGCUACUCUUGUACCUGGGAUCAGAAGCAUCCAUGCUAUCAUCCCAGUUUCUGAAACUUUAGUCCAAACAAAGGAGUAUUCUUUGUCAAGCCAUGUCAAGAUGAGCGACAUCACACCUCAACCGAAGGCUCAAGGUAGUUCAGAAGCCAAGCCAAAGAGGAAACGAGCUAAGAAGAACCAGAGCGGUGAGUCAAAUGAACCAGAAUCAGAAGCCGAGCCAAAGAGGAAAAGAGCAAAGAAAAACCAAAGCAGUGAGUCAAAUGAACCAGAAUCAGAAGCCGAGCCAAAGAGGAAAAGAGCAAAGAAAAACCAAAGCAGGUAAGAAAUGUCUCUUUUCAUUUCCCAAAUGCAUAUAGUUUUUCUUCAUUCAUGCAUAUGUAUUUCUUUUGCAGUGAGUCAAAUGAACCAGAAUCAGAAGCCGAGCCAAAGAGGAAAAGAGCAAAGAAAAACCAAAGCGGUGAGUCAGAUGAACUGCCACCCAAAACAAGUAAACCAACUCCUGCAAGCUCCAGAAAACAAAGAGCUGCCCAAGAAUCAGCAG